CACCGGACAAGCACUAUGUAAUACAAUUCGACAAAGUUUGCCCAUCACUUCCCCCUUUACUCCUGCUUCCUUGUAUCUGCAUCCGCGUCUGCACCUACUCCUUCCUCUUGACGAGCAUGCGUUGAGAUCGCCACAGGCAGCGUGCGCCAACGACCAGGGCUCCCCGCAUCCUGCUCCACAUGAAGUUCGGUCAUACCUAUUUAGAACAGCUCGAAAACGGAGGAUUUCCGCAGCACUGGGUCGAGUCGGCCAUCUCGUAUCGACAGCUCAAGAAAUGCAUCAAACGGGUUCAGAAAGAGCUCGCCGAGCUUGGCCUCGAUGCCAGCACCCUGAGCCAGUUACUGAAAGAGGCUGAGAAUGAAAGACUGGCAGAAUACUCCCUUCUAAGCCCGGACGAAAAGCAACAGACUGGCCAGCCAUUUCACCCAAAGCUACUUAUUGCCGUGGAUGAAGUUACCGGAGAGCCCUUGGACGCCCAUCUUUCUCCGAAGACAAAGGAAUACCUCCAUCGACUGGCCGUUGCUCAGCAGCUCACGGACAUCAGGAUUACCGAGAUAGACACUGCUUCAUCGAGUCUUGCCUCCGAUUCUCCUCGUAGAAGUUCAAUAGACGACGGCGACAGCCGCAGCAUAGAUGGAAACAGCAGUCCGCGCGCUCGGCGCAUGAUCGAAGUGUCUCUGACAUCCGACACUGAGUUCUUCGCCACUCUACAAAGCGAGCUUUCGGGGCUUGCAAAACUCCACGCAGAGGAGAAAGCGAAGCUCAGCAACGAGGUCAGAGGCCUUGGGAGAGCGGUGACCCGAGUGACGGAUCCUGAGCGCUGUUCGGCAAGAAAAACGGACCUGGCCAAGUGGAGGCAGGUGUUCGAGAUGUAUCUGGAGUCGAACAUCUUCUUCGCCACCAACGAGCUGGAUCGCGGCCGGAACAAGUCUGCCAAAGCUCAGGCCCUGCUGCUGCAGUUCUCGGACAAGCUCCAGCAGUCCGGCAUCGUCUCGUCGUUCAAACGGAAAGAAAGCGUAGACGCGCUGGAGCAAUUCUUACGGCUCAACAUGGAGAUACUGCAGAGCCUGGCAUUCCAGGAAAUGAACGACCUUGCGAUGCAAAAGAUCCUCAAGAAAUUCGACAAGCGCACCGCCCUAGGCGUCAAAACCACUUUCCCCGCAGCGCUGAAAACGUCCAGCAUGCCGCAAGACAUCGCAAAAGCGAUCUGCUACCAGCUGUCCUCAGAACUGCUCCCCAUCGUCCCACAACUAGACGACUACACCUGCCCGGUCUGCUUCUGCGUCUCCUGGAAGCCCGUCCGGCUGCGCUGCCAGCACAUCUUCUGCCACCGAUGUCUCGUAAUCCUGCAGCGGCAGAACGAAGGGCACUGUCCCCUGUGCCGGGGCGAUGUGGUCAUGGAAGCCGAUAGCCUGAGCCUCGAUCCCUCGCUUAUGAAUUUCCUGAAAAAGUACUUCCCCGACGAGGUCAAGGAGAAGCAGAAGCAGAACGAGAUCGCAGCCGGCGUGGACCUUUACGGCGAGGCGUACGCUGAUGCUAAAUGCUGUGUUAUGUGAAGACUUCGCUUCCGUACCUAGACACUGCUCGGUGCGGCUUCUUUCGCUCUAGCAUGAAAUCCAAUACCCACUAGCGAACUAGACUUGGUUUCUUCAGCCAUUCGUUUUUGCCCGCUGUGCCAUUCCUAGGUAGAUGUAUAAAUAGUUCCAAACGGG